UCCGCCGCCGCUUUGAGUGAAGCCGGAACGACGGGGGUCACGGCGGGGGUCAGAGGGUAAAGGUCUUGCUCCCAGCAGCCUCCGCGGUGGAUACGUCGCCAUCUUGGAUCCGCGGGACAAGAAAAUUCAUGCGAGGGAGAACUGGUGGGCGGUCCUUCCUGUGACACGACCCUUGAGUGACAGUUCUAUUUGAUUGCCUCCAGUACUGUGAGGAAAGGACACGACUCUAUGGUGAGGACUGAUGGACAUACAUUAUCUGAGAAAAGAAACUACCAGGUGACAAACAGCAUGUUUGGUGCUUCAAGAAAGAAGUUUGUAGAGGGGGUCGACAGUGACUACCAUGAUGAAAACAUGUACUACAGCCAGUCUUCUAUGUUUCCACAUCGGUCAGAAAAAGAUAUGCUGGCAUCACCAUCUACGUCAGGUCAGCUGUCUCAGUUUGGGGCAAGUUUAUACGGGCAACAAAGUGCACUAGGCCUUCCAAUGAGGGGGAUGAGCAACAAUACCCCUCAGUUAAAUCGCAGCUUAUCACAAGGCACUCAGUUACCGAGCCACGUCACGCCAACAACAGGGGUACCAACAAUGUCACUUCACACGCCUCCAUCUCCAAGCAGGGGUAUUUUGCCUAUGAAUCCUAGGAAUAUGAUGAACCACUCCCAGGUUGGUCAGGGCAUUGGAAUUCCUAGCAGGACAAAUAGCAUGAGCAGUUCAGGGUUAGGUAGCCCCAACAGAAGCUCGCCAAGCAUAAUAUGUAUGCCAAAGCAGCAGCCUUCUCGACAGCCUUUUACUGUGAACAGUAUGUCUGGAUUUGGAAUGAACAGGAAUCAGGCAUUUGGAAUGAAUAACUCCUUAUCAAGUAACAUUUUUAAUGGAACAGAUGGAAGCGAAAAUGUGACAGGAUUGGACCUUUCAGAUUUUCCAGCGUUAGCAGACCGAAACAGAAGAGAAGGAAGUGGUAACCCAACUCCAUUAAUAAACCCCUUGGCUGGAAGAGCUCCUUAUGUGGGAAUGGUAACAAAACCAGCAAAUGAGCAAUCCCAGGACUUCUCAAUACACAAUGAAGAUUUUCCAGCAUUACCUGGUUCCAGCUAUAAAGAUCCAACGUCAAGUAAUGAUGACAGUAAAUCUAAUUUGAAUACAUCUGGCAAGACAACUUCAAGUACAGAUGGACCCAAAUUCCCUGGAGAUAAAAGUUCAACAACGCAAAAUAAUAACCAGCAGAAAAAAGGGAUCCAGGUGUUACCUGAUGGUCGGGUUACUAACAUUCCUCAAGGGAUGGUGACGGACCAAUUUGGAAUGAUUGGCCUGUUAACAUUUAUCAGGGCAGCAGAGACAGACCCAGGAAUGGUACAUCUUGCAUUAGGAAGUGACUUAACAACAUUAGGCCUCAAUCUGAACUCUCCUGAAAAUCUUUACCCCAAAUUUGCAUCACCCUGGGCAUCUUCACCUUGUCGACCUCAAGACAUAGACUUCCAUGUUCCAUCUGAGUACUUAACGAACAUUCACAUUAGGGAUAAGCUGGCUGCAAUAAAACUUGGCCGAUACGGAGAAGAUCUUCUCUUCUAUCUCUAUUACAUGAAUGGAGGAGACGUAUUACAACUUUUAGCUGCAGUAGAGCUUUUUAACCGUGAUUGGAGAUACCACAAAGAAGAACGAGUAUGGAUUACCAGGGCACCAGGCAUGGAGCCAACAAUGAAAACCAAUACAUAUGAGAGGGGAACAUAUUACUUCUUUGACUGUCUUAACUGGAGGAAAGUAGCUAAGGAGUUUCAUCUGGAAUACGACAAAUUAGAAGAGCGGCCUCACCUGCCAUCCACCUUCAACUACAACCCUGCUCAGCAAGCCUUCUAAACAAAGACUUCCCUUUUCUUGGGGUAUGGCUGUCUCAGCACAAUACUCGACAUAACUGCAGAACUGAUGUGGCUCAGGCACCCUGGUUUUAAUUCCUUGAGGAUCUGGCAAUUGGCUUAUGCAAAGGGUCACCAUUUGAGGUCCUGCCUUACUAAUUAUGUGCUGCCCAACAACUAAAUUUAUACUUUGUUUUUCUCUAGUUCGAGCAGGGUCUGAAUUUUUUUCAUUUAUUUUCUUUUUUGCCAGCAGACAGACUUGGGUCUGUAAAGACAAGCAAGUACACUGACAGAAGUUUACCAUUUAGUUUCUAAAAUGUAAAAAAAAAACCCACAAAAGACUCCACAAAAUUAGACCACAAAAUUUGCAUUGUUCAUUGUAGCACUAUUGGUAAUAAAAUAACAAAUGUUUGUGCAUUUUUAUGUGAAGAUCCUUCUCGUAUUUCAUUUGGAAAGAUGAGCAAGGUCUGCUUCCUUCAUUUUACUUCCCCUUCUGUUUUUGAAAGGCAGUUUCGCCAAGCUUAACGCAAGAAUAUCUGACUGUUUAGAAGAACGAUAUUGCCACAAUCUCUGGAUGGUUUCCAGGGUUGUGUUAUUACUGAGCUUCAUCUUUCCAGAAUGAGCAAAACACUGUCCAGUCUUUGUUACGAUUUUGUAAUAAAUGUGUACAUUUUUUUUAAAUUUUUGGACAUCACAUGAAUAAAGGUAUGUAUGUACGAAUGUGUAUAUAUUAUAUAUAUGACAUCUAUUUUGGAAAAUGUUUGCCCUGCUGUACCUCAUUUUUAGGAGGUGUGCAUGGAUGCAAUAUAUGAAAAUGGGACAUUCUGGAACUGCUGGUCAGGGGACUUUGUCGCCCUGUGCACUAAAGGGCCAGAUUUUCAGCAGCCAAGGACAUCCAUACCCAAGUGAAUGUGAUGGGACUUAACGAAGUGAACUGAGACAAUUCACUCUGGCUGUUUGAACAGCAGCGUUUCAUAGGAAGAGAAAAAAAGAUCAAUCUUGUAUUUUCUGACCACAUAAAGGCUUCUUCUCUUUGUAAUAAAGUAGAAAAGCUCUCCUCA